AUGGCAGAAGCCGCGAGACCGCCAUCUCCGACUGGGGAUGCAGCAUUGCCUCCUCAAGCCCAGCCAACAUCCCCCGGGGCCACUGCACCCGGAGACGCGGCCGGUUUCGAGGGACUAGAGGCUGAAGAUGAUGAUUACGAUUCGGCCUACGGAGACGGAGGAGAGUCGAUACUGAAUUCAACUACCUCGAUUGCAUCCAGCAUCAUGAAAUACCGCGAGGAGAACGGACGGACUUAUCACGCAUACAAAGAUGGCUCUUACACUUUCCCCAAUGAUGAAGAAGAACAAGAUCGCCUGGACCUACAAUACCACUUGUUCCAGCUGAUCUUCGAAGGAAAACUGUUCACAGCGCCGGUUCCCAAAGACAAGAUCCUCCACAGAGUCCUGGAUGUCGGUACCGGCACUGGAAUCUGGGCCAUCGACUUUGGAGACGAACACCCGGAGAGUAGUGUUCUGGGCGUCGACCUCUCUCCAAUUCAACCACAAUUUGCUCCGCCCAACGUCGAGUUCCAGAUUGACGACCUGGAAGCACCGUGGACGUUCUCGAACAAGUUCGACCUCAUCUACGGCCGGAACAUGAUGGGCUCUUUCGACAACUAUCCGAGAUUCUUCGAACAGGCGUUCGCGAACCUCAACCCAGGAGGUUUCGUAGAGUUGGUAGAUCCGACUUGGCCUAUCAAGUUGAAUGACGGAGAGUGGCCCGAAGACUCUGCGCUAUACAAAUGGGCUCUGCUAUGGGCAGAGGCGAUGGCUAAAAUGGGCCGCCAGGCAGAUGGCCCGAGGUAUUACAAAGAGCAGAUGAUUGCUGCGGGCUUCAUCAAUGUUACUGAAACGAUACACAUUAUUCCGAACAACCGGUGGCCCAAGGACAAAAGACUAAAGGAGAUCGGAAUGUGGCAAACUGAAAAUUUCAAGACCGGCGGCGAAUCGUUGAGUCUCGCAAUGUUCACCAGAAUUCUGGGGUGGACGAAGCAGGAGCUGCAAAUUUUUAUGGCACAGGUCAAGGCCGAGUACCGAAACCCAAGGAUACACUCAUACUUCGAAUACAUAGCUGUCGUCGGGCAAAAGCCAUAA